GGUUUUAAAAUACACCGAACUUCCGCUCGAGCCGGUCGCCUCGCAGUCGUUAGCUUAGCGCGCUCCUCCGGCAACAUGUCGGCUAACAAUGCGGGCGGGAAGGUUAACGUCAGCCAUUCAUUAACCAACAAAAAUGUUUCUCUUCCCAUGUCACGCGUGAAAUUGAUCAUGAAAAGUUCUCCGGACGUUUCUAGCAUUAACCAAGACGCUUUAUUUUUAACCACCAAAGCGACGGAGCUAUUUGUUCAAUAUCUAGCACAGUGUUCGUUUAAAAAUGGCUCUGGAAAGGAGAAAAACACGUUAGCAUACAGUGACCUGGCUAAUGCCGCCGAACAAUCGGAGACUUUUCAGUUCCUCACAGAUAUCUUGCCAAAAAAGAUCCUGGCAAAGGAUUAUCUAAGAUCUUUGGAGGAGAGAACUGAAGACAGUGAUUAAUACAGGAAAGUCGAUUGCAUAGGGAUCCUGGGCUUCAUCUUCACCUUCUCUUAUUGCUUUUGUGAAUGAACACAUGAGCACAUUUGUACUGAUCUAGCUGGAUAUCCAAAAUGGAUUUUAACCUGUAUGUAUACACAACCGUUUGUUUAGAGGAUGAUUUGUUUGACAUGUAGUGUGACUGUCAAGCAGAAUGCUAUAUAGGUGAUUGGCUUAGCCAUUUCACUGUUAACCACUGUAGUGUAGCAGGGAAAUCAAUUUGUGUUUGAUGCAGAGGGAUAUAAAUAAUGUGAAUGAAAUUAAGUGUGUGUUAACCUGUCUUUCGGAAAGCGAAUAAUCGACUGAUACUCUUAAUACUCUAGUUGCCAAAGAGUAACUUUCACUAACCUUUUGGUGGUAACCAUGUCUGAUUUUUUUUGCCUGUAAAAUGUUUGAAUGUUCUGUUAUGUGUUUGCUGAAGGCAAAAAUGCACCUUUUUAAGGUCACUUUUUUACAGGAAUGUGUUAGACUUUAAAAUAGGACAGAUAAAUACCCAGUACAAUUUGUGAGUUGAUAUAUACUCAGGAACAAGAAAGUAGCCUUGUGGAUAGCCUUUAUGUGACUAAAAGCACAAAUGUAGACAAGCAUUACCACUGUAUGUUUAGAGCAUGGGAUGCUCAAAACUGGGGAAGAGCUUUAAUCCAUCUGAUGUUAUGUACUACCUCAAGUCACCUGUGCCCAGUACAGAUGGGCAACAAUCAGUUAAGGAGUCAUGUGAAAUGAUACUGGUUUAAUUAUUACAGUUCUCCAGGUGGCUUUGCAGAAAUGGAUAAUUAAGGGUUAUAGUAAAUGCUUGGAUUAGUGUUCUGCAUCACUGGGUUAAAGGACCAGUGCUUUAGAGGGGGGUUCCCAAAUCCCUUUUUAGCAUAUACAUAGUUAUUUCUACUUAAAAUGUGAAUAAUUGUGUAAUUAAUAUAGCUUUCUGUGCUUGACCUGUGGGUUUAAUGUAGAUACUGGGGAAAUUACAGUUUAAUCCAUGAGUAGCAGGGAAAAUUGUGUUCAGUCCUUCACUGAUUUUUUACAUAAUUUACACAGAGUGAUUGGCAAUCCCACACAUGCAAGAUUUCAAAGUCUAAUUACAGCUAUUGCUGCUUUAAUGGGAGCUGUUUGUUGUGAACAGGGCUGGGAACCCCUUGGUUUGACGUGUCAUCUUAUGAAUAUGUAUUUCUAUGUACCAGGGAUAGGAUGAUCAGCCUUCAGGGGCAGGAUAUGCUGUUUAUUUAAACCCAGCACCCUUACAUCAGGACCGCUAAAACAGUGCCAUACGCAGUUGUCUGUAUCUGCUGGUGUUUGACAACACGGUUUAUCUACCUACAUCUGGAAACUUUGAAGUCUCUUAAACUCAGUAGCUAAGCAUUAUGUAUAAAAUGUUAUACAUCUCUUAUGUUUUCCACCUCACUGUGGGUAAACAUUCCACGUAACUAAAAUCUGGAGAAAUUAAUUGUAUACUUAGGUUUGUUUUCCUUCUCUCUAAUUUGGAUUCCACUGUGCAAUUUGCUUCAGAAUUCAUAGGGAGGCAUGACAUAAUUAAAGUCCUCCUUUUCAAAAAGCACUAUAUAAAACAAACAAACUGGAAUAACAAGAUGGCAAAACAAUAAUUGUAUUAAUAGCAUAAGAAAUGUUAGAUACAACUGGGAAAACAGUAAAGCAAAAUAAGUACAAAUCUAUAAAACCAUACAAACAAUGUCUUAUUUUAAACCCCAAUGCAUCCCACAGAUCAGUUGACAGCCUGUCAUAAGACAGUGACCAGCUUUCAAAUGGCUUUUAAACAAAGGGCUAAAGAAUAUUUUGAAAUUGAAUUCCUUACAUGCUUAAAGAUUUUAUGCCUGACUUGGUGUUUGAGGCGUUAACCUACAGAAUUUGUGAAUCGCUCAUCUCAAGCUGUAUUGUUCCUGGAUGUAGUCAUUCGUGCAGCCAUGUUUAGUAGAAUGUGUUUUAAAGCCAUAUUUUAUGGCAUUUCUUCUAACGACUUUGUAAUAAAAUACUAGGUCAUGUGUAA